AUGAAAUCGUUGAGUUCAUCAAAAGAUACAUUCGAUAAUAGUGGAACCUAUUUUUCUUAUCUCUUAUUCGUUGAAUUACUCAAACAAAUAUCACCUACGAAACUAGCCAAAGAUGUAAUGUUGAAAAAAUGUAAAGAUUAUUAUCGCCGUAACAAGCCAGAACUUGAGAAAAUCGACUUAUUUCAGUCGACAUACACAGCAGAUAAAGCUAUCGAUUGGUACGUUCAAGAUUGUUUCAUUUAUCGUUUAGUCAAUCAAGCGUUUCGCACAGAAGAUGUGGCAUUAUGGUAUGUAUUUCGAUUCUAUAUUGUCGAUCUGUGUAAACAAUUGGAAAAGGUUCAUCAAGAACAACAUAUUCAAACUUGCUUAAAACUUUUUCGUGGUCAAUCACAAAUGCCAACGAAAGAAUUAGAAAUUCUUCGUGCAAGUGUCGGCGGAUUAGUUUCAACCAAUUCUUUUCUAUCAACAAGUAAAGAUAUCAAAAUAGCUCAACAAUUCAUUUUAGAUGCUAAGAAUAGUGACGAUUUCAAAGUUGUCAUAUUUGAAAUUGUAUUAGAUGCAUCUCGAUUGAAAACCACUGUUUUUGUUGAUAUCGAACAAUAUGCUAAGCAAUCAAGUGAGAGUGAAGUACUUUUCAAUAUUGGAUCCGUUUUUCGAAUUCAAAAUGUUGAUUAUGAUUUUGAAUUGAACGUCUGGAAAAUUCAGAUGGAAGCAACAGAUGAAGGUACACACGAUAUUCGACAUCGUAUUGACAUCAUUCGCAAGAAGUUUCAAAGUGGAAGUAUCAAUCUGUUAUUCGGUCGCUUGUUGUUAGAUAUGCAUCAAUUUGUUAAGGCCGAAUCUUACUUUCAAAUGAUGCUUCGAGUAUUACCAAGUCAUCAUGAAGAUUUAGCUUUGGUCUACGAUCAUCUUGGCGAUCUAAACAUGCAUGUUUCCAAUUGGAACGAAGCCUUUCUAUAUUUGAAUGCAGCUUAUGAAAUUAAAAAAGCAAAAUUUCGACCUAACCAUCCGAAUCUAGCUAUGACGUUGAAUAGUAUCGGCAAUUAUUACAAAGCAAUUGGCGAAAUGAAAGAAGCUUCUCAGUUCUAUUUGAAAGCUUUAAAUUGUAAGAAUGAUCCACGAAAUAUAGCGAUUACCACACUCAAUAUUAGCAAAAUUCAGACAAUUAAUCAAGAGUUCGAAAAUGCUCUUGAUUUGUGCAUUGAAGCACGCGAUAUUCUCGAACAAAUUCAUCCACGACCACAUAUCGAACUUGUUCAAUGUCAAGGCGUAAUUGGUGACAUUUAUUUUGCACAAAAGAAUUUUACUGUUGCCGAACAUUUCUAUACAGCAGCAUUCGAACUUAGCAAGAGGUGUUUAUUGAUCGAUGAUCCCAUUCGAACAAAUUGUGUCAGAGCGUUAGCUGAUGUCUAUCAACAACAAGAAGAACGACUUUGUGAUGAUAUAUCAAAUAUACAAAAUUCUAUUCAAUCAUUGUUAACUAAAAUGGAUGCUACUCAUAUUAUUACUAGUAUUACUUGGGGAACAGAAAUUGUUGUUGUAUUACAAUUAUUAUCUGAUGAUGAACUUACUGAAAUGAUUGAUAAUGUACUUAAUAAUAUUCAAGCUAUUUUUCGAGAAGAUUGUCGAUCUUCUAACCUAUCAUUAGAGGAUGAAAAUCUCUUGAACAAAAUCAUCGAUACAAAAAUCUAUUCAAAUAUUCCACAAUUGAUGAACAUGACAUGA